UAGAUAGAAGUAAGAAGGACUCUCUCUCUCUCUCUCUCUCUCUUUAAGUUUCAACAAUAUUAAUGUAAAAGCAGUUUACCGGCUAUUUUGUCGCCUGAAAACCGCUCUUCAUCGGUUAAAAAACGAUUAUUUCUCUCUCUAAAAACUCUCCCCCUAUAUACGUUUGUAGUAAGUAGUUCAUAUCGACUUCCCUUUCAACUCUAUCUCUCUUGAAAAAAAACACAUAGGCAACCAUUUAUCUUGUUUCGCCAUAUCUCUAUCUUAAACAGCUCCAACGCUGAAACUCUCCUUACUCUCUCUCUCUCUCUCUCUCCAAAUACUUUUUUUUCUUUCUUUUUUCUCGUUCACAUCUCUAUUUCAACAACUUCAUGAGAAAGUCAUAACUUUGUUCAAAAAAACCAGAGUCAAUACAUAACAAACUAUAGUACUGGUUGGUUCUGGUUCUGGUUCACUGUCUUUUGUAUAGAAGUAAUAUAUAUACACAUAUCCGAUGGCGUAUCAUAACCAUCUCUCAUCCCAAGACCUUCCACUCCACCACCACCACCACUUCGGAGACCAAAGCCAACAACAGCAACAGAACCAGACCAUCCUGCCGGACCAGUUGGCCAUCGCCCACUCCUCGCCCGACCCGACCUCCAAGUCGGUUCAGAACGCAGCGCCCAAUUGGCUUAAUAACGCUCUUCUCCGGACCCAAACCCAUGCCCACUUCGGCUCCGCCGACAACGCCAACGGAAACAGCCACGUCAGCAACACCAACUUCCUUAACCUCCAUACCGCCUCCGAUUCUGCGAAUUCCGGCCAGGCUUCCAAUCAAUGGCUCACCCGCCCGAUCCUCCAGCGCAACCACAGUGACGUGAUUGAUGACGUGGCUGCUGCUGCUGCUGCCGCAGCUGCAGCGGGCGACUCAAUGAUUGCCGGCGCCAUGUCGCACGACUCGGCUGAGAUGAAGGCGACGACUAACGGUGACAAUAAUAACUUAAACAAGAGUGAGGGAGUGGUGGUCGAAAGCGGCGGAGGCGACGGUGGAGGAGUCAUAAACUGGCAGAAUGCAAGGAACAAGGCGGAGAUUCUUUCGCACCCGCUGUACGACCAAUUGCUUUCGGCACAUGUGGCGUGCCUCCGGAUCGCCACUCCCGUGGAUCAGCUGCCUAGGAUCGACGCCCAGCUGGCUCAGUCACAGAAUGUGGUGGCCAAGUACUCAGCUUUGAGUCAGGGCUUGGUUGGUGAUGAUAAGGAGCUUGAUCAGUUCAUGACGCAUUACGUUCUGUUGCUCUGUUCUUUCAAAGAACAACUUCAACAACAUGUUCGAGUGCACGCAAUGGAAGCCGUUAUGGCUUGCUGGGAGAUUGAGCAAUCUCUACAAAGCUUAACAGGAGUAUCUCCCGGCGAAGGUACCGGUGCCACAAUGUCCGACGACGAAGACGAUCAAGUAGACAGUGACGCAAAUUUGUUUGAUGGAAGUCUCGAGGGUCCUGACAGCAUGGGAUUUGGGCCUCUAAUCCCAACAGAGAGUGAAAGGUCCUUAAUGGAGCGUGUUAGACAAGAGCUGAAGCAUGAAUUGAAACAGGGUUAUAAGGAGAAAAUUGUUGAUAUAAGAGAGGAAAUUCUGCGAAAGAGAAGAGCAGGAAAACUACCUGGGGACACUACUUCUGUCCUAAAAGCUUGGUGGCAAUCUCAUUCCAAGUGGCCAUAUCCCACGGAGGAAGACAAGGCAAGGUUGGUGCAAGAAACAGGUUUGCAACUGAAGCAAAUUAACAACUGGUUCAUCAACCAAAGGAAAAGGAAUUGGCACAGCAACCCCUCCACCUCGACAGUUUUGAAGAGCAAGCGCAAAAGUACUGCAGGUGAAAACAGCGGAGAUCGCUAUGCGUAAACGGAAGAAACAAUAUAUUAUAUAUAAGUAUAUAUUUAUUACCUAUCAAUAUACAUCGGUAUCGAUGGGUCAGAACAAGUCAAUCCAUUACUGUAAUGAUCAAAGAAUCAAGCUUUACUACAUCAUGAUCCCACGUAUAUAUAUAUAUAUAUAUAUAUAUUAUAUAUAACAUUGGAGACGUACAAGGCAGACAGAGUAAGGCUUUGUGGAAGAGAAAAGGCUUGAUCAGAUGAAAGAAGCAUAUAUUGCUUCUACAGUUAAAAGAUAAACAAAAGCUAACAGCGAUGAUGAUGAGCCAUAUAUAUAAUACAGGUUUACAUGCUCAUGAUCAAAGAAUAUAUAUAUAUAAUAUGCAAGGCAAGGGAGAUGGGCCGAUGGUAUAACUAUGAAUAAUGAGCUGAUCUGUCGUUUCUCGUAUAAUGGUAUCCAACAGAAGUUGAGUAAUUAGAAAUUAUAUUAUCGAGACUCAAUUUAUAGAUAGUUUCACAGGCUUAGUACGUAGCCGGGUCAUAAUUAUUUUUUCUUCCUUUUGUCCUAUUUGUGAAUAAGGACAGCGAGGGGCUUUUUUUUUUUGUUUGGGGGGGGGGGGGGGGGGGUUGUACGGUGUAAUGAUCUGUGCAUGUUUUUCGUAUACGGUGAUCGCAUUGAUUAUAGCUUUUUUGUUUGGAAAUUUAUGUAGAGAUAAUAUAUAAUUCCUAGCAAAUUGUGGUAUUAUUUAUUAUAAAUGUCUGCUUAUUAUAUAGCAA